AUGAUGAAGCGGGGAGGAGCGCUCUUGUUACGACGGUUGGCUUCAUCGAGCGCAUCAGCUUUUACAAAGACGAACUCGGGCACUUUUGCAUCAUCCUCCGCCGCUUCUGCUUCUGCUGCUCGUGGAUGUGUCUUUAGGGGAAAUUCGCUUCGUCGGCAUUCCAUCUGCUCGUCCUGGCGUGCGUUUACGACUUCGGAUGGAGGAGGAGGAAAAGAAGCAGAAGAAGAGCAAAAGAAGGAGAAGAAAAAAGAGUUAUACAUGGCGUUCACGUGCGGGAAAUGCGAGACGAGAUCGAUCAAAGGGUUUAGCAAACGCGCGUAUCACUUUGGCGUGGUCGUCGUCACCUGCCCUGGGUGCGAGAGGAAACACGUGGUGGCGGAUAGACUGGGGUGGUUCGGCGAGAAAGGCGACGCGGGGGAUUUUAUCCAGGAGAAGGAAAAGAAGAAGAAGGGAGGGAAAGAGGAGGAGGAGAAGGCGACGAUGAUGCGAGCGAAAAUAGAGGCGGAUGGGACGUUGGAGUUUGACGAAGACGAGCUGGAAGCGUGGCGAGCUCGACUGAAGGAAGAGAAGUGA